AUGUGUCUAGUCACUGACUGGGAUGGGACAGGGAGUCUUGGGGAUACAAUCGCUCUACAACUGAGGCACACCACGCUCCAAAUUCCGUCUCAACCAGAGAAACUGAUUGGUAAUAUGUUAAAGAGUAGCCCUCGAACAAACUUCUGGGUAGGACUCCGAUAUAACGUUCAGAGAAAAACGUGGUCUUGGAUUGAUAAAACUCCGUACACUAAAACAACGGCUCACUGGAUGAGAAACGUCGAGCAGAAACCAAACGCGCGCCAAGUCCGGUAUUACAUCUGUGCCAUGAUGUACAGCUACCCGCCAUACCAGGGACAGAUUCAGAUGACAAAUUGCUUGGGAUCUAUAUCCACAAUGUGUAGACGGUCGGCUGACACGUAUGACCUGUGCAAUGAGGAUGAUGGCUGGAUCGACGUCAACGGGAAAUGUUUCAAAUUGUUCAACGACAAGGCCACGUGGGACGAAGCGCGCGCCCUCUGUCGGCAGAACUACGGCGACCUGUACGCGCCGCAGAGUCAGACGCAGGUCCUCAUGUACGGGGACAUGGUCGACUGCAAGGUCAAGGCCAACAACCUGUGGACGGGAUUCUCUGACAGGAGCCGACCUGGUGUUUAUCAGAACACAAAUGGCCAAUCAAUGCGAUAUAGAGUGUUUGCACCUUAUUACACUCAAUUCCCUUCACGUGGAAAGUCUUGCUUGAUGUCUAUACCCUCGUACAACUUUUAUUUUGCUGGUGAGCUGUGCACAGAGGAACAUAAGUUUGUCUGUGAAAAACCAUAUGACAGAAAGCAAGCCGACAUUCUGACUUGGGUUGAUGGUACGGUUGUGAACACAUCAUACACAAACUGGGAUAAAACAUUCCCCAACCCUCAGGCAAACAGGUCCGACUGUGGAAUCAUCAAACCAGCACAUUAUAGUUCAGCACAAAUGAAUGUUGUGGGAGAUAUUCCGAAGGAAAUCUCCCAGUCCCCUGUUUCCAUCAGCAAAAUCCUGACACAAAUUCUGCAGUCUGCUUUGCAUCUGCUGAGUGGACCUCUUCACCCUCUUCCUAGGUGGUUCACCUCGCUGAUGUUGGAGGAUGAGACCCAUCUUAAUGCCACGCUACAACCACCCUCCCAGUACCUGAAGUGCGAGCCGCACUGGUCUCUAAGGGGAAGUAACUGCUACCGUGUUGGUCCCUCGAGGAACUGGACUGAUGCCAGAGCUAACUGUACAAACUAUGGAGGAGACCUCACCACUAUAGCUGAUGAAUACGAAAACUCAUUGCUCAUUCACUAUCUGUCUGGCAUGGACAGUUUCUGGAUCGGGCUGAAGCGUGAUACAAGCCUUACAUCAAGUCAGUUCUUCUGGGUGGACAAUACCAAGGUGACAUUUUCAAACUACUUUCCAUAUGGAUCAACAGAUGUGAAUUCCAGUUUAGAUUGUGUGGAGAUAGUUAUCAACUCAACCCCAUUCCCUGGGGCCUGGAAUGCCAGCAAGUGCUCAAUGGAGAAACCUUUUGUUUGCAAAACUACAGCAAUUGGUGCAACACCAAAUCCUUCUGCUCCUCCAACAGUUCCCUGGUCAUACAGGUGUGGUCCUGGUUGGGUGUUUGACAACUCUAUGAGCACCUGCUAUAAAGUGUUGACAGGUGACAGACUGAUCUGGACCGAGGCACGGGCCGACUGUCGACGGAGAGGAUCGGAUCUUGCCAGCAUAGAUGGGCCAAAAGAGCAGUUAAGAAUUGAAGCUGCGAUAUACAGAAGCCAGUUAUCGACUGACCAAAAUAACUUCUGGAUUGGUGCGAAUGACCAGUCAAAGGAAGGGGGCUGGGAGUGGAGUGAUGCGUGGCCAUUUCGAUUCCUUCACUGGCACUCAGGAGAACCAAACAAUGCACUGGCGGGAGAGAACUGUGCCGAGAUGGUGUCUGCGUGGAACUAUGAGUGGAAUAAUCAGAACUGCAACACAAAGAAUCCGUGGAUCUGCAAGAAAAUGGCAUCACUUCCAUCCACCAUUUCACCAGUCACUAUGGCGUCAACCAUGACUACAGGUCACUGUAAAGCUGAAGCUAUGAUAUCUGGGGUGUACAGUUUACCAGAUAAGGGCAAUGCACUCACUGCCAGCUCUCAUCGAGAUGAAUCGCACAAAGCCAUCAAUUCCAGGCUCUAUUCAGGAAGCAAAGGAGCCUGGUCAUCCCAGACCAAUACAGUGUCUAAAGAGUGGAUUGCUGCUUCCUUUUACAAUGUGAUCAUCAUGCAGGGUGUUAUCAUAGCCGGCCGGUCAGACACCAAUGAGUGGGUAACCGCGUUCAAGCUCCAGUACCAGUAUGACUAUUUCUCCGCCUGGUACUGGUAUGAAGACCCACCAGGAACUCCUAAGAUAUUCAAAGGAAAUACUGAUGCCAUACAGAGCAAAACCAUAACACUAAGUUUCCCAAUAGAGGCGAAGACAUUAAGACUUGUCCCGACACAGUUUCAUAAAGGCAUUUCUCUCAGAUGGGAAAUAAUGGGUUGUAUUGAAGAGGAUUGUAUGGCUGAGUAUGGAAUCAGUGGACCUCUGUAUGUGGACAAGAACGCCUUCCAGGCAUCAACAACACUGGACCCCAAGCAUGCAGCGUCCUUCGUCCCACUGAACCCUAACUCCGCUAACUACACCAUGUCCUGCUGGAAACCACAACCCACUGACACAGCUCCGUGGAUUCAGGUGGACCUAGGCACCAUUAAAGUCAUCCGAGGUGUCACCACUCGUGGCAACCCGUUCGCUGCGGAAUGGGUGUCACAGUUUAAACUUAGCUACAGAAUUGAAGAUGGUUCAACUUCGUAUGCUUACUAUAUGGAGCCUUAUGGAACUGUUAUGGUGUUUACAGGUAAUACAGACAGCAAUACGUCAGUGACCUCGUUUCUCAAGUCACAUAUCAAGGCUCAGCUGGUGAGAAUAGUUGUAGUUUCCUCCGCUCAGACUGCGGCCCUGAGGUUCGAUCUGCUCGUCUGUCCAAUCACAUGUCGCGAGAUCCCACUGAUCAGUGGUCCACACCCAAUACCCGACAGUCAGCUGAACGCAUCGUCAUAUCUCAACAAUGAGCACGGGGUGGCGAGAUCACGCCUCAAUGUCCCGUCUCAUGGGGACUUCGCUGGGGCGUGGGAGGCUGAGUACACCAAUACACAUCAGUAUAUACAGGCUGAUCUAGGGCGAGUUGUUCAGAUUACAGCAGUGGCGACCCAGGGCCGGGCAGACCACGCCCAGUGGGUGAAGAGUUACAUGAUCAGCUAUUCAUCAGAUAGAGUCACGUGGUACCCAUACUAUGAGGGAAGAUCCAAGAAGGUUUUUGCUGGAAACUGGGACCAGACCAGUGUGAGAAAGCAUUACCUUGUGAUACCUGUCAACACGAGGUUCAUCCGCCUGUGGCCUAUCUCCUGGCAGGACAGAAUUUCACUCAGGUGGGAGCUCUAUGGAUGUCCAGGCCCAAUGUCUGGGUUAAAGAUUCCUGGUUGCUAUGCCGAUGUUACGACAGCAAGAGAUCUCCCAUAUGAGCCACUCAUGAACCCAACAGCCGGGAUGUGGCCUCCUGCCUGUCUCCACCAUUGCUACCUGAAGGGCUAUUUUUAUGCUGGGCUACAAGCCGGGUACAAGUGUUUCUGUGGGAACUCAUAUGGCAAGUAUGGAAUCUCAGCGGAAAACUGCUCCAUGCCCUGUUUUCCCCAUCCCAGGUUCAAAUGUGGUGGACAGACAUCAAAUGUCAUAUACAGUACUGGAUUGUCUACAGAACGGAUCUGUCCACAAGGCUGGAAGUCGUUCGGCGACAACUGCUACUUCCUCUUCAAUGACAAGAAAUCGUGGACUGAUGCUCGAGCCAACUGUCAGCUGGAGGCCGCCGAGCUGGUGUCCAUCAACAGUCAACAUGAACAGGACCUGGUAGUCUCGCUCAUGGCUAAAGGGUGGAACGAUGUGUGGAUUGGCUUUAACGAUCUUCAGUAUGAAAUGGUGUUUGAAUGGUCCAAUCAUAAAGAAGUGAAAUUCACCAACUGGGAUAUCAACCAACCAGACACAAGAAGUGGCACCUACCAAGACUGUGUCUUCCUGUUGUUCAAGACAAAUGGCUGGCAAACCAGUAUCUGUACAAUACCCAAGAAAUAUAUCUGUAUGGCUCCCAAGAGAACUGCUGUGGAUGUGCCUACUCAGGCCCCGGGGGUAGAUGGCUGUGAGUUUGGUUGGGAUGGUUACCGCUGGUCCUGCUAUCUGUAUGUUGGUGAAAGACGAUCAUGGUCUGCAGCAUCAAAAGCUUGCCGGUCUUUUGGUGCAACCCUUGUCCGCAUUGAUGACAGGUAUGAACAAGCUUACCUGGCUAGUGCUCUUGGAUCAAGGAAAGGUUUCUACUGGUCAGAUAUCUCAGAUGCAUCUCAUCCUGGUCUCUUCACAAUGGCCGAUGGAAACAUCAAGUUAAAACAAACUAACUGGGCUAAGAAUAAACCAGAUCGGAAUGGACACUGUGUUGCUCUUGGGACCGGGCCGAACUCGGGUCUGUGGUACAACAGUAUGUGUAACGACUCGUAUGGGGCGGUCUGUGAGCGGCAGAGAGUUGGGCCUCAGUACACACCGCCUGCCACUCCCCCGCCUACCUCCCCCACAGUUCCAUGUGCAGCCAACUGGAUCGAUCUGUCUGGAUACUGUUAUCAGGUGAACUCUGUUCCUUUUAAUCUCGCUGUACCAUGGUCAAAUGCUCGGGCAGACUGUUUGUCCCAGGGGGCAGACCUUGCCAGCUUCCAUAAUGCCUCAACACUGGACUAUUUAUGGAGGAAUAAUCUUAUAGGGGAGAGUGUUAAUUUCUGGAUUGGUCUGAAUACUCUAAGAGGAGGAGCAGGCAGUGGGCAGACAGGAUACACCUGGAGUGAUGGCUCAUCUGUGGACUUCUUGAACUGGGAUACGGGAGAACCCAGCAGUCUGAAUGGGGAGGACCAGUGUGUGGAGGUGCUGGUUGGUAAGGGAAGAUACAACGACCAGGCCUGUCAGAGAAAGAGGAGCUGGAUUUGUGCCAUCAAGAAAGGAAAGUCUGUGAUACCAAGAUCGACCAUCAUGGUGCCAUCAGCAGGUCCCGCUGGCAGCUGUGGUAUUGGUUGGGAUCGCUGGGUGUCAUACAACAACAACUGUUAUUUUGUCGGUGAUGGCUCGGGAGAUGGGUCGUUGACAUGGCGACAGGCUCGACACUUCUGUCAAGAGAAUGGAGGAGAACUAGCAUCCAUCACCUCAAUGGGAGAGGAAUAUUUUGUCUGGAAUUUGGUAAAGAACGUCAGUUUGAUUAGUCUCUGGAUAGGCCUGUCUGAAGUUGAUUAUGACUACGGUUACAGGUGGUCUGACGGAAGCCCUGUGUCUCUAGUUCACUGGAGUAAGGGAGAGCCGAAUGACUAUGGUGGGGAAGAGGCCUGUGCUGAUAUGUUUGUUUUCAAUGGUAAAUGGAAUGAUGAACACUGCAGUGUCAAACAGGGUUUUGUCUGCAAGCGAUACAACGGCCCAGUAACAACCCCCAAACCGACCCCCACUAAUCUUCCUGGUUACUGCCCUGCAGGAUUUAACCAGUUUGGAAACAAGUGUUACAGAGUGUAUGGUAUAGCUGACAGCCAGAAGGUCAACUUUAUGACAGCCAGGUCAAACUGUAAGGCAUUAGGUUUUGGGUAUGACCUUGCCAGUAUAACCAGUUUCAGGGAGCAAGCCUAUAUAACAACUCUGCUGAGUGAAAUAUCAUUUGAAGUGUGGAUCGGACUGAGAAAGAUUUGGAGGGCCAAUGGACUCGUACUACAGUGGAUCGAUAAUGAGGAUAUAACUUACACUAACUGGAAUAAAGGAGAACCUAAUGGAUCAGACAAAGAGAAAUGUGUUGAAAUGUACAGUGCCACUGAACGGGCUGGUGAAUGGAAUGACGUACAGUGUGGAUUGCAUUUUGGAUAUGUAUGUCAGACCCGGAAAAAGUCCAGUAUAACCACACCAGAGCCUGUUCCUAACCCAUGUGACGGCCGACCAGGCUUCAAGGCUUUAGGUGAAGACUGUUUCCGACUGUCUAACACCACCAUGACCUGGAACAAUGCUAAAAAGUACUGCGCCGGUCUGGGAGCAUUCCUUCCAAGUAUCAAUAAUCCAUAUGAAAAUGCCUACAUGACCCUAAUGGUGACGGAUAACAGAAACACUUACGCCUUUUGGAUAGGACUGAAUGACUUGAAGAAAAAUGGAACUUAUGAGUGGGUAGAUAGGUGGCCAGUUGUCUACACCAAGUGGAACAAGAUGGAGCCAGCUAAAGGUCCAGGAGAAGGCUGCGUCUCCAUGGACACCACUGGACAAUGGACUGACGAUGAUUGUUCUAAGAAACUGCAGUUUGCUUGCAAGAUCUCAAAUGGACAACAACCUUUUACUGUUCCACCAUUAAACGGUUUGUGUAUUCAUCCAUGGGUACCAUAUGGUAAUAACUGCUACCUGUUCCGAGCUCAGCACUGGGUGAAGUAUGACAAGGCUCUAUUCAGAUGUCUGCAGCAUGAUGCAGACUUGGUAUCCAUACAUGACAACCAAACCAGCAGUUUUCUUUUGACCCAGAUCAAGAAGGUUACAUCUCACAAAGUGUGGAUCGGACUGUACAGAUCAGAAUCGGGUGGUUUCUCCUGGCAUGACAACAGUCCUCUUCAGUUCACCAACUGGUCGCCAGGGGAACCGACGCGGGUCAAUGAACACGGUGUUGAAGAACACUGUGGGGAGAUGUUCAUGAGUGGAGCCUGGAAUGAUGAGGACUGUAACUCAAAACGGGGAUACAUUUGUCAAAGACCUAAAGAUGUGGUUCAUCAACAAACAUUUCCAAAUCUACCAGGACAACUGAGGACUUCAAAUUCUGGAGUCACGUGGCCAAAUAUUCUCACCAAUCAAAAGACACCACCGUUGUUGAAAAGCACCACACAACAUGGAAGUGGGCUUCAAACUAAUCCACCAAUGAAGACAAAUCCACCAAUGAAGACAAAUCCACCAACGAAGACAAAUCCACACUCCCAGAGCCAAAGCCUGGCCCCCACACAGUCAGCCCAAACAGGAUCACCCUCUCUUGGACAAGGUGGAGUGGCAGCCAUUGUUGUAGGCAGUUUGCUGUUUAUUUUCAUUGUAGUGAGUGUUGUGUACUUUGUGAUGCGAAGACGCAGAGCAACCUUUAAUUUUGGAAUAUUUGGCAAUGUAGGAUUUGAGAACAAGAUGUACAGUAAUCCAGAAGAAUCAAUAGAAACAGAGACUUGAUUUAUCUUCAGUGAAAAAUUAAUACAUAGCAUCAUUCCAAUUCAAUGAAGAAUCAUUACAGAAAUAUUAAAAUUUCAUUGAAGAAUUAUAAAGAAAUAUUAAAACUGCAUUGAAGAAUCAUU